AUCCGGUUUUGUGCGCGCGCGCGCUAGGGCCCAGAACGGUCGUGGCGGCCGCGCGAGGUGCGGGGUUGUCCGCGCGUGUUCCCGCCACCGAGAGGGGCGGAGCGGGCCUGCCUGCCUCAGACAGCGGCGGAAAGAGCGCUGGUGUCCGAGGCCCAGUGAACGCGGCAGCAUGAGCGGCGAGGAUGGAAACGAGGAAUUCUACCGGCAGCUGCAGCUCCAGCAGCAGUACGAGGCCAAGCCAGCCGAGGGCGAAGGCGAGUCCGACCCCUUUACCUACGUGGACCCGGCGGACGGGGCUGCCUACGAGUGGGACUUGGAGAAGAAGGCCUGGUUCCCCAAGAUAACAGAAGAUUUCUUGGCAACCUAUCAUGCCAACUAUGGUUUCCAUGCAGAUGAGACAGAUACUUCAUCUGCUUCUGGUACAGCCACUGAGAGUAAGCAACCAGUAAGUUCUAAGAAAUCAGGAACACAACCAUCAGCCAAUGAGACAAGACAAAAACAAACAGAUCCAAAACAAAAAUUGGAAAAAAGGAAGCUAGAGCCAGGGUGGUUUCACGUUGAAGAAGAUAGGAACACAAAUGUUUAUGUGACAGGUUUACCUCCAGACAUUACGAAAGAUGAAUUUGUACAAGUCAUGUCAAAAUGUGGUAUCAUCAUGCGAGAUCCUCAGACAGAAGAACACAAGGUCAAACUGUACAAAGAUAAGGAAGGAAAUCUUAAAGGAGAUGGCCUCUGUUGUUAUCUGAAGAGAGAAUCAGUUCAACUUGCUUUGAGGCUUCUGGAUGAAGCAGAAAUCCGAGGCUAUAAAUUGCAUGUGGAAGUUGCAAAGUUCCAACUGAAGGGGGAGUAUGAUGCAAGCAAAAAGAAGAAGAAAUGUAAAGACUACAAGAAGAAGUUGUCACAGCAGCAGAAACAGCUGGAUUGGAGGCCGGAGAAGAAAGAUGGGGCAACUCGAAUGCGGCAUGAGCGCAUCAUUAUUAUCAGGAAUAUGUUUCACCCCAAGGACUUUGAGGAGGACCCUCUAGUGCUAAAUGAGAUAAGAGAAGAUCUGCGGACGGAGUGUGAAAAGUUUGGUCAAGUAAAGAAGGUUCUCAUAUUUGAUAGGCACCCUGAUGGUGUUGCUUCUGUGUCAUUUAAAGAAGCAACAGAAGCUGAUUUGUGCAAGUUGACUCUAAAUGGAAGGUGGUUUGGUGGCCGUCAGCUCAGUGCUGAAACAUGGGAUGGUGUAACGGAUUAUCAGGUGGAGGAGACUGCAAGAGAAAGGGAAGAAAGGCUCAAGGUGUGGGAGUCAUUUUUAGGGGAUCCUGAUGCAAAGGAACAGCAAACUGCAUCUGAUUCGCAUUCUGCAUCAAGUAGUGUUACACUGCCUGAAGGGAAACAGCCUCCAGAGGUUAAUGACACACCUAAGGAGGAUGCAAAUGAUGAAACUCACAAAAGGGAGAAUAAUGGUGGGGGUAUUAAUGAAGAUGGAGCUCCAUCCACAGACAGCAGCCUUGCAGGCAGUGAUGGAGAAGCUGAUACAUAACAUCUUUAAUGCUUUAUGAAAGCAUGAUUUUUAGGGUGAUGUUUGAGUGUAUCCCUUUCUUCAGGGUGACUUCAGGCGAUAUUCAUAUGAAUAUAGGUGUAUUAGAAUGUCAUCAACUGUAUGCUUUGAAGUUUUCAUUUAAUGGGGUUCUAAAAUUUUGUAUUAAUUGGCUGUUCAGGUGAAGUAACUCAAGUUUUCAAGAGCACAGUAAAACUCAUCAGGCUUCUUUUGUUCUAA